CCUGAGCCUGGUGGACGGCCACUCCAGCGGUGUUCAAGUGGCUGUGGGACAGAGAUCGGCAGCCACAAUGCAGCUCCUUCUGCUCUUGUGCCUGGCUCUCCUCAGCCCUCAGGGGGCCCUGUCCCGCCGCCUCCGGGCUAAGACGAAGCUGCCCAAGGAGCCGAGCAGCAGGGACUUCACCUUCGAACUCUACAGGGCCUUGGCUUCCGCUUCCCCCAGCCAGAACGUCUUCUUCUCCCCACUGAGCGUGUCCACGAUCCUGGCCAUACUGUCCUUGGGGGCCAAGGGCAACACCCAGGAGCAGAUCCUGGGGGCCCUGGGCUUCAAGCCCCAGCACCAAGCAAUGGCCCAGUUCCACGACAACUUCCGGCAGCUGCUGAUGGGGCUCACUCAGCACAGAGAUAGCUUCCAGCUGAACCUCGGCAAUGCCCUUUUCAUCAACAAGGGGCUGGUCAUCGACAACAUCUUCCAGCUCACCAUAAUGACCACAUACCUGGCCAAGAUUUAUCCCACCAACUUUGAAGACCCUGCAGCAGCCCAGAAGCAGAUCAAUGACUAUCUGGCCAAGCAAACCCAGGGCAAGAUUGCAGGCCUGAUCCAGAACCUUGACAGCACCGCCGUUAUGGUGAUGGUGAAUUACAUCUGCUUUAAAGCUAAGUGGGAGAUUGGCUUCAACAACAAAACCACUCAGGAUCAGGACUUCUACGUGACCCCGGAGAAUAAGCUUCAGGUGCCCAUGAUGAACCGCGCAGACCAGUACUUCUACUUCCUGGACAAGGACCUCUCCUGCACUGUGGUGGGCAUCCCCUAUGAAGGCAAUGCCACCGCCUACUUCAUUCUCCCCAACCCGGGCAAGAUGCAGCAGGUGGAGAGCGGCCUGAGCAAGAAGACACUGAGGAAGUGGAAUCAGAUGACAAUGCGCAGGAGGCUGAAUCUUUAUCUUCCCAAGUUCUCCAUUGAGGGCUCCUACCAACUGGAGAAAAUCUUCCCCAACCUGGGCGUCAGGGACAUCUUCACCCUCAGUGCUAACCUGUCAGGCAUCUUCAAGCACUCCAACAUCCAGGUGUCUCAGGUGGUGCACAAAGCCACGGUGGAGGUGGAUGAGUCGGGAACCAGAGCGGUGUCAGGCACAGGCACGGUCUUCAGCUUCAGAUCAGCCUAUCCGAACUCCAGAACUAUCAGGUUCAAUAGGCCCUUUCUGAUAGCCAUUCUGGAGCCCUCGACCAUCCUCUUCUUUGGCAGAGUGACCCAGCCCUGAGCUGGGGCCUGUUCACAGGCCCGCACAGUGGGAGGCAGGGUUGUGUCCUGGCCCAUCUGUCUGCUGGUAGCUAGAGAUUUGCUUAGGUUUAGUUACUAAAGAGGUGUCCAAUAAUCCUAAGAAGAUCAAUAAGCUAAAGAUCUCAUCUUGUCACUCAGUUGCAAGACAUAGGUGCCUUGGAGAAAUGUUCAGCAGUGGAGAUUAUCACAGAGGCCCAGCGAGUCCAGGGUGCUUGUCCAGGUUCACACAGCAUGCUCUUAGCAGCACAGACAGCCCGAGUCCAAGCCACUGAUGCUCCGCCCAGGGCCCAAAAACCCUGUGAGAAGGUGGUCCCAGCCCCCCAGAAGCAGGUGGGUGAGUCUGGCCUCCCGUGGUAUGGAAGGGGUACUGGAAUGGGUGUGCAGUGGGGCUGUCGUCCCUGCUCUAACCCACCCAGUAGCACUGCAGUGACAUUGUCUCAGGACCUCAGUUUUCUCAUGAAUACAGUGAAGGAUCAGGGCAAGGUUCCCAUCCAAGGCCCCUUAAUGUCAUUAAAAAGGCUGGGCUGUUCCAUGCCAGCCCUGGUCCAUUUCAGUACACUCGGGAGCCACUCACGAGUUAAGUAAAGCAGUUGGGCAUCAGGUUGGAAUUGUACCAGUGCAGGACGGUGCCAUCCCCUGAAUCGAGGUGUAAUCUCCUGGGCCUGGCCAGUGUAGAAUAGAGAUCUACAGCAAGCAAAAGAGGGUCAAUUGCAGACACCGUGGCUAACUUUCUGAAUUUUAUGUCCACUACUAUAAUAAAGCAUUUUGCAAGGAC